AGCAGAGGAACAUUUUCAGCCUCUACAGAGGAAACAAUGAGUUCAACACAACAGGACCAACAUGGACUGAGAAGUCAGCGCCCUCAGGAGGCUGACAAACCUCUCAGAAGGAAGGGAAAAGAUCAUCAAGUUAUCCACACUGGAGAGAGACCAUACAGCUGUGAUCAGUGUGGCAGAGCUUUUACUAAAAGAAGCCACUUACAGUUUCAUCUAGUUAUCCACUCUGGAAUUAAGGCAUACAGCUGUGACUAUUGUGGAAAAACUUUCAACCACGUAGGGAACAGAAAUAAACACCUACGCAUUCACACUGGACAUGUGUUCUGCUGUGAUCAGUGUGGCAAAAAGUGUGUAACAGACUCACAGUUACAACAGCACAUGGUUACCCACACUGAGGAGAGACUUUAUCAAUGUGACCUGUGUGAUAAGACUUUUAAAGCUCCACAUACCCUGAAAGCACACCAACAGGUUCACAGCAGAAAGAGACUCUACAAGUGCAGUUACUGUGAGAAGCAGAGCCACACAGAUGGAUCCGGUUCUCAGUCCUGUCAUCGCUGUGGUGGUGGGAAAGCGUUUCGCUGUGACCUUUGUGGGAAAACUUUCUGUCAGCAAUGGAGCCUAACACUGCAUCAGCGUAGACACACCGGACACAAACUGAACUACUGCAAAGAAUGUGGGAGAAGCUUCCUCACAGCAAGGGACUUAAAACGCCAUGAACUCAUCCACAGUGGGGUUAAAAAGCACCUCUGUGACCAGUGUGGGUCAUCCUUCACUGCUAAAAGUGACCUUAAAGUACAUAAACGAGUCCACACAGGAGAGAAACCAUACAAGUGCAGAGACUGUGACAAAAGCUUCUCAUGUGCAAGUAAUCGUAACCGUCAUGAAGAUGCACACAUUGAAGGGAACUACAGCUGUGACCAGUGUGACAAGAGCUUCAGGACUCUCAGUUCAUUCUCAUACCACAAACGAUCCCACGCUGCAAAGAAACUGUUUCACUGUUACCAGUGUGCAAAAACAUUCUCUUCAUUAUCUGCUCUGUCCACACAUCAGCGUGAUCAUGCAGGGCUGAAAUCAUUCCCAUCAUUGGACCACAAUGAAUCUGCAGACACACAAAGAUCCUCUUCUGGUUGCAGAGUCAAACUUGAAAACCUUGAGAUCCGGCUCCACAGAAUUCCGAUGGAAUCUCCGGUAAAGAUCUAAUGAGGGAACUCUGAAAGAAAAUGUUAGCCUAGUUAAUUUUUUUUUGCUAGAAAUUAGUAGCAUGCAGUUAUUUGUAUUUUUAGUUU